GGCGAGAAACGCGACGGACGGUUGCCAAUCGGGGCGUGGCGUCGCGAUACGCGGCGUGCGUCGGCGGAAAACGACGCCUACGGGACACAGAGUCGCUCGUCGCGACGUUGCCGCUUUUCGUUAAUCAGGCAACUCGCUGUGACUUAUGCUGGGAUUCAAUCUUCUGAAAAAAUAAUGAUUAAUGUCUAAUAAAUACGAGCGCUGACGUCACGUCACGUGAGAGGACGUCGACAAUGAGCAUCACGUGGCAACUUCGCGCCGAUUUCCGCGCCCCGCUCCACCCCCUUCGACGACUCUGGGCGCUUUAGACGUCGCCUCGUAGGGAUUUGUAGUAAAGACGAUUUCAAAACACGGACGCACUGGCACACACGUCAGCGUCGCGUUUAGCAGGUCCACACGGUCGCAAAGUCCGCCCCCCCUCAAUGCUACCAUGUGCGAUAUAUAAUGUAUUUUUAAGGUAACUAUGGAAAUACCUGUGAUCACGCAAACUCCUACGCAUCUCGCGAAAACGAACCUUUCAAUCGCCAAAACGACCACGCAAGGCAACCGCAACGACAUGUACCUCGAACUGAACCGCACCAAGGUCAACGUUACAAAAUCCAACUACACGUAUCUGGAGAACCUGGUGCACUGGAACGCUAGCGACUUCUACUACAACGUGUCGAACAGUUCCGAUCUGAUCGACUAUGACUAUCAGAUGAUGAAUGGCACCAUCGACGACACGUCGUGGGUGAUGUGCAAGGAGUGGAAGGAAGCCCAGCACAGUCUCUUCCAGACAGCGAAUUUUUUCUUCGCCGCCGCGUUCCUAGUGCCCGGUAGCUUCAAACAGAGCGUUCUCCUAGUUAGAGCGUUACUAUCGUUCGGCUAUUUUUUCCUGGCGGUUUGGGGCGGGGUCAAGAUCUGCGCCCCUGACAUCCUGCUGUGGAACUCGAUCAUAGUGCUGCUGAACUGCGUCCACACUGCCUUACUGACGUGGAGGUUUCUUCCCCCCACCCUCACGCCCGAACUGACCGAACUUUACAUUAAGAUAUUUAAACCGCUAAGGAUCAGCAAGAAACACUUCAAGGAGUUGGUUAAGGAGGCUAAAGUGAUGACCCUAGAGAGUGGCGACAUCUACGCUGUAGAGGAUAUCAGCCCCGCAGACGAGAGACUGUCGGUGCUGCUCAGAGGAAGGCUUCGAGUGACCUGCGACGACACCCAUCUACACUUCAUCAAUCAGCAUCAGUUCGUGGACUCGCCGGAAUGGGAGGCGAACCACGAACAGUCUGACGACGUCUUCCAGGUGACCAUCACCGCAGAGGAGGACAGCGCUUACCUCUGCUGGUCCCGAAUGAAACUCGAACGGGUGCUGAGACACAGACCCAUGCUCAAAACGGUCAUGGACUCGAUCAUAGGCAAGGACAUCACUCAGAAACUGUACGCGCUCAACGAGCACCUGAGCGGUCUGAGCGACGAGCGGAACAGAGAGAAGCGGGGCGAGCUAUGGGCUAAAGCUCACACGAGGAGCAUGUCGAUGGACGCGGUCAACACCGGCACCACCGGCCUCGUGAGGUCGCAAGCCUACAGGACCUCGAUGAGGUCGAACCCGUGCAACAGUCUGGACGGUUCGACGGGCAAGCUACAGCAGUCCCAACAGUGUUGGAUGCCGGUAGUGGCCUCCCAGUUUCCGACUACGUCGCCCUUCCUCUCGCAAAACGGCCCACGCAUUCCGGAGGAUCACGUCACGCCCCAACGUAGCCGCUCCCUCCGGCGGACGACUAGGGAAGUAAAAUUCGACGACACACAAAAGUAACGUAUACGUCUUACUUAUAACGUCUACGUUACGGGAGCGGAACCUACUAAAGUAGUCGUGCCAAAUUCGUACAAUGUUAUGAUAAAAUGGAGCACCACCCACCUAAAUUGCUUUGUUUUUUCAAAUUCACUUCGCUAGCGUCACAUAACCAUAUGUUUUGGCGAACAACACCCUGUAUCUGCGGUUUCUCAGUAUAAAUAAUACGAAGAAUUUUUUUUACAGUAAAUCGCUUCCGGUAAUUUAAUAUGGCUGCAUUAUAUCCAAAUGCAACCCGGUUUUUUUACAAUCGCCAACCUCAUAGAGAAAACGAGAGCUGUAAUAGGAAUUAGGUAAUUAGGAAAGGGAAGAUUGGAAAGAACUUUACAGGAACGUAAUUAAACUGCUUCCAGAAUAUAAAAGGCGACAACAGGCAAAAUAAAAAUAAAAUAAAGAUCGCUUCUAAAUAUCUGAAUAAAGUUUGUUAUACAGGGUGUGUCGAAACAAACGCGAAAAUCUUAAAGAGGUGAUUCCUUUUUUCAUUUGGAAACAGAAAAUUUCACAGAUUUUAUUUAUUUUGAAAAAUAAUUUUUAAAUCAAGUGGAACAUAAAUAAAACAAAUAAAAAACUAUUGAAGUAAAAAAACAAUAACAAAUACUCUUGCCCUCUUAACAUAUAGUUUUAAAUGGGCCCAAAUGUUAUAUAAUAAUUAUAAUAAUAUGACUUAUUAAUCAAAAGAGGAAAUAUUUUACAAUACUUUUUAGGUUUUGCGAAAGUAUACGCAAUUACUAAAGAUCGUAGAAAAAGUAUAGUAUGCAUCACGUUCGGUAAACUUUUUAACUCACUCGUUUAUUAAACACUCAAAUGCCGUUUACCGCACUUCUUGCAUAAUAUACUAUUAUUAAAUCAUCGAGGUUUUUAUUGGAGUCAUCCGACGUUUUCUGAUUUCCCUCAACAGGAAUAGUUUCGCUUUCUACUUCAGGAUUUUCUUCAACGUUAAAUGGAUGACUUGCCUCGCGCUUUCCACUUGUCCACUCCAUGAUUUCAAUAUCCGCUAAAUUACAAUCAUUAAAUAAGAUUUUUUUUACAAUUUGGGGUUAUGUGGUUGUGAACAGCUGAUAUCUGGUCAUUUAAAAAUUUACGUGGGAUUUCCAAUGUUCUCCUGAUCUUGCGUUAUUAUGAAUAAUCAGCGGCAGUUCCAAUGUGUUUAUUUAGUUCAAUGGUUCGCGGACACUUUAAAUCGGUAAAAACGCGUUGUCUCGUAAUAUUACGGACGUCACUUUUUGGUUAGCCACAGACCACGACUCAGUGCCUACGCUAGGUCACAGAUAAGAAGAUUCUAGCGGUGCUUUUUUUACGUAACAUCACGUCAAAAGUAUUCCCAUCGAACGAUACUUCGUGUUUAAAAUGUGACCGUAAUGGUUAAGCUCUACACGAUUUGCCUUCCAGAAAUCAUAAUAUACUCUAUUUUUGUGGUAAUAAUCUUGAAUUAUCCUAACGUCGUCGUGUUCUCCGUUGUGACAAGGGCGUCCCAAAACUCAACGGUUCUUCGAAACCUUUUAUUUGGGCUCGUGAAACGCGAUUUCCGACUUUAUUUUAACGCCUGCGAUGACAUGAAUUGAGUCGGCGAUUGAGUUUGGGACACUCUGUAUUUCAUAAGUAUUAUAUAUCGAUGCGUAAUAAAAACAUACGUUGUAAGGGGUGUUUAUUAAAUGAGUGCCCCAGGUGAAUCCAUCAGUCUCUCUAAAAAGAAAAGUUGGAUUGUGUUAUGUUUACGUGUUACGUUUUACGCUCUUACGUUUCGGCGCUGAAUUAAUAAAUGCCCUGUACGUGCGUGGCAGCAUUUAAUCGGAUUUGUAUAUAUUUUAAAUCGGUGUUUAUAUAAGUGUAUAUAUUUAUAUUUGUAUGUUUUAUAUUUGUCGUGGUUAACGUGUUAUAUAGAUUAUAAUAAAUGUUUUAUAUAAAAAAACAAA